CAGCAACAGCAACAGCAACAGCAACAGCAACAAUAACUGAACAGCAACAUAACGGCGGCGACUUCACAAGCACAAGGAUGACGCGCAAGAAGGAGUUGACGACCGUUGCGCCGGAUGCGUGGAACAUCGAGCAGGAGACCGCGCUGUUUAAGGCGAUAUGUCGGUAUAAACCAGUAGGUGUGAAUAAGCAUUUUAUGAUGGUUUGUAUACGGCAGAUGGUGAACAACUCGAACGUUCAGGGAUCGUAUCUGUCGACUAAGAGUAUCUGGGACAAACUCGCGACGCUGUAUGAUCUCGAAGGUCUCGAUGAGCUCGAAGACGGAACCGCGACCGAAGACUCCUCCUCACAAUCCCCCAUCCCCUCCUCUCCACCCGCAAUGCUAACCCGUCACCAAGCCGAGAUCCAGCAACAAGAAGCCGACAGCGCGAGCAGCAGCCCCGCCAAACCCAAAGACGAGUACGACUCCACCACCACCGGCGCCACCACCACGCCCGCGCGCCCGGCGAAAAUGAAAUCAGAGUUCAUCCUGCCCUGGGACGACUUUGGCGAGCUGCAGAUCGAGCACGCGCGCGCGACAGAUAGUCAGGCGACGAGUCCCGCGCAGAUAUCGACGCCGGUCGCGGCCACGCCGGAUGAGGCCGCCGCUGGGACACCUGCUGCUGCGCGCGGCACGAAGCGGAGUAGUAGGGAAGUCGCGGCCGCGACGAGCGAUAACGAAGCGUCUGCUGGCGAAGACGCGGAUCAGACCGAAGACGGCGGCGACGAGCGGGAGGGUGAAGAUGAUGACGCCGACGAGGGCGAGGACGAGCAAGAAGAGGAAGAAGAGGACGAGGAGGAGGAAGAGGAGGAAGUCGCGCCUCGGACGACUAGACGACGAGGACGCGCUGCUUCGACGCCUCAGGAGAAAACACCGGUUCCGGCACCCUCGCGCGCGAAACGUGGGCGCGGCCGGGCUGCUGCAAAUUCAAACACGGCAUCUAAUACUACAUCGCGACGGUCAGAUAAAAUUGCGUCGACGAGAAACACCAAGCGCGAAGAAACACAUGAGAACGAAGACGAGGGAGAGGAGGAAAAAAGCGAAGAGGACGACGGCAAUGCAAACGAGGAAGAACAGGACGAAGAGGAAGAGGGAGAUGAGGACGAGGGGUCUACAGAGAUGAGCGAUAAAGAUGAGCCAGAGACACAUAAGAGACGGGCAGUCAGUCGGAGCAGUAGACGGGGACGAGGAAGGAGUGCUGCGGGAUCUGGAGCUCCUGGAACUAGAAGCAGCGGGCCUACCCGACGCAGUUCACGGAGGAAAUAAUCUACACUACAUUAUACACUCUGCCU